CAGGAUUCCUUCACUAAGAACACAUUCAGACUAUGGUUUAAGUGAGUUAAAAAUAACUCCUUGUGAAAAAUUAAAAGGGAGUUACAGGUGAGUGUUUUAAUACAAGUCCACAGAUCAAUGCAGGGUCUCCAGGCAAUUGGCUACUGACACCACAGAUGGUGCAGGGUGUUUAUAAAGCACAAUGUGGCCAGUGAGGAGACUUUCUGCAGAAGUGAAUUCACCUUCUUCCUUGGAACCCAGAGAGGAAGAAGACAGAAGGAAUUGUUUUGGUUGUGAGAUACUGAGCUAAAUGACUUAUUUCUUUUCUUUCUACCCAUCACAGUCUCAAAACUGUGGACAUAAAAACUGUGGUGAGUAUUUAUCUGGUUACUUUAUGUGGUUUAUUGCAUAUCAGAUAUCAUAAAAUGACCUUUCUGGCUCUUCUCCCCUCUUAGUAAUGGACUCUUGGUUGCCUGCUGCACCCAUUUCUCCAGUGUUUUCUUUCCAGAAAUCCUGUUUCUUACCUUGCAGGAAUUAUGGAAGGAUACCACAUACUAGAAGAAAUAUGAAGCAGCAGCUUUGAAUCUUGAACAAGGGAAAUUGGCUACCCCAACGCAACUCAGCUUAACUCAGCCUCACUGAACUGAUCCAACACUCCCCAGGCUUGCUAUAGCUCUCUAAUCCUUAGAAUCUUCUUCAAUUCCAGCUAGAAUGCUGUGUCAGGCAUUUCACAGAUUUGGCCAAAAGCUGGUACGCAGACGUCCACUGGAGGAAGAAGUAUUUGAGAUUUCCUUUGAAAGAAGCCUGAGCACUCUGGAUUUAGUGGCCCUGGGUGUGGGCCGCACAAUAGGUGCAGGUGUGUACAUCCUGGCUUGUGAGAUGAUCAGCAGUCAAGCAGGACCAUCCAUCGUGAUCUGCUUUUUGGUGGCUGGCUUAUCUUUUGUGUUGACUGGGCUGUGCUAUGCUGAGAUUGGUGCCUGGGUUCCCCAUUCUGGCUCCUCAUAUCUCUACACCUAUGUCAUUAUUGGUGAACUCUGGGCUUUCAUCACUGGCUGGAACCUCAUCCUGUCCUUUACUGCUGAUACAGUCAUUUAUACCAUGACCUGGGUCUUAACUUUUGAAAACCUGCUUGGGAACCAGAUGUCUCAGACCCUGCGUGAAAGCAUCUCUCAGCAUGUUCCUCAAGUCCUUGCAGACAAUCUAGGCUACUUUGCUGUGGUCCUUCUGUUGUUACUUAGAGAAAUUGAAUAUAUGAAUUUUUAUGAGUUAUUCGCCCUUUCCAAAGUGUUCACAUUGGUGAAAAUUUUGGUUCUCAGUUUUGUCAUCAUCUCUGGCUUCAUUAAGGGGGACCUGCACAACUGGCAGCUCACAGAAGAGGACUACGUAAAGGCUGGACUCAAUGACACUUCUAAGUUGGGCCCUCUGGGGUCUGGAGGAUUUGUGCCUUUUGGCUUCCAGGGGAUUCUCCGUGGAGCAGCUACUUGUUUCUAUACAUUUAUAGGUUUCAGUAUUAUUGUUACCAGAGUGAAAGAAGUCCAGAAUCCCCAGCGUUCUAUCCCCAUGGGCAUUGUGAUUUCACUGUUCAUCUGCUUUGUGGUAUAUUUUGGUGUCUUUUCUGCACUUACACUUAUGGUGCCUUACUACAAGCUUCAACCUGGGAGCACCUUGCCUGAGGCAUUUAUCCAUAUUGGCUGGGCUCCUGCCUACUAUGUUGUAGGUUUUGGAUUUUUCUGUAGUGUUUGUGGCAUUUUCAUGGGCUUUAUGACCCCCAUACAGUGGGUGAUAUGCAUGAUGGCAGAAGAUGGCCUCCUGUUUCCCGUCUUGACCAGGAUCUAUACCAGUAUAUACCCCCGAUUCAUGGCCACUGUGGUAUUUACGAUUAUUGCAGCAAUCACGAUAUUCUUCUUUGGAAUCACUGAUCUUGUGGACCUCAGGUCAAUUGGGACGCUGGUAUCUUACUCUCUGGUUGCUUUUUGUGUUCUCAUCAUCAGGUAUCAACCUGAUAGGAGGAAUGGGGGACAUGAAGCAGAGGUGCAGCAACAGAAUGUAUCUGCAGCAGAGAGGCUGACUCUACAGGGACUACUUUUUCCAUGCAGCCCCACCCCCACUCCACUCUCUGGCCGGGUUGUCUAUGUUUGCUCCUCACUGCUUGUUCUGCUGCUCACUCUUCUUUGCCUGGUGCUGACUCAGGGGCCAGUUCUGCUUUCUGGAGACCCAGUGUGGAUUUCAGUGGUUGUAGUGCUCCUGGUGCUCAUCACUGGGCUCACUGGGGUCAUCUGGAGACAGCCUCAGAUCUCCAGUUCCCUUCACUUUAAGGUCCCUGCUGUGCCUCUCCUCCCACUACUGAGCAUCUUCAUGAAUGUUUACCUUAUGAUGCAGAUGACAGCUGGCACCUGGGCCCGAUUUGGUGUGUGGACUCUGAUUGGGUUUGCUAUCUACUUUGCCUAUGGAGUUCAGCACAACCUGGUCACUAACCCCACUUAAGUUAGGGCCCAAACUGUAGAACUUGAACUCAGCAGUGCCAGUACAUAUUUGUUUGAAAUCAUCACACCUGAAUGCAGUAAGUUUUCCCUGCACAGUAAUGGAAUUUACUCCUGAGUUCAUGGAAAGCUAGGCCUCCCAUGGGAUGUUGGUGGGGGAAACACUAAAAGAGCUGUGUAUUUAUGGUGAAGCGAAGGAUAUGUGUUUGCUCCCCCCCCCUUUUUUUUACUUGUCUCCUUUUCAGUUGUGUCAUUAGCUGCUUUCUGACUUAAAAAAAUUAUUUUUUAAAAGAAAGUUGUAAAAUAUUUUCCUUUUCUUCGUUAAAUAUCUACUAGUAGCUAGGAGGUAGGGAAUGCCCCGCUGGUUCAGUCAGUAUAGCUGACUCUUGAUCUCAGCGUGGUGAGUGUGGGUCCAUUUUGCAUGUAGAGAUCGUUUAAGAAAAUAUCCAGUAGCAGAAUUACUGGAUCAUGCGGUAAUUCCUUUUUUAAAUUUUUUGAGGAACCUCCAUACUGUUUUCCAUAGUGGCUGCACCAGUUGACAUUCCCACCAAAAGUGCAUGAGGGUUCCUUUUUCUCCACAUCCUUGCCAACGCAUUUUCUUGUUUUUUUUUUUGAUUUUAGCCAUCCUGACUGGUGUAAAAUGAUAUUUGAUGAUGUGAUUGCAGUUUUAAUUUAUAUUUUCCUGAUGAUUAGUGAUGCUAAGCAUCUUUUCAUGAGUCUGUUGGCAAGCUAUACGUCUUCUUUGGAAAAAUAUAUAUUCAGGAUCUCUGCCCACUUUU